AUGGCGGAGAUGAAUUCCGCGUCAGUCCCGCUGGCCCCGCCUUCCGACCGCCGUCAACUCGCUGUAGACAAACCCGGACGUGUCACCCGGAGUGACGGAAGUGAGAAGGGUGGAAACUCCAGUCAACCCAAGAAUGCCGGCGCGACGGCUAAGCAAGAUGUUCAGUCCUCAGGGAAAUGUUAUGAAUGGCCAAUUAGCAGUCCACUUCUGCCCUGCCAUGCUGUUCAUUGUCAUUCAGGAAGAUGCGGAAUUUUUGAGGACGAUUUGAAUGUCUGUUUCGGAUUUUCAGGGAGUGACGGAAGUGAGAUGGGUGGAAACUCCAGUCAACCCAAGAAUGCCGGCGCGACGGCUAAGCAAGGUGUUCAGUCCUCAGGUACCAGUGAACAUGUGGAGGCUCAACCGCUUAAACCUUCAAGAAGCAGUGCAGUAGAAGAAAGUCCAGUUCGGCACCGCAGGCGUCCUCGACGUCGUCGAAGAAGACCCACAUUGCCUGAAUACAUAAAGAGCCACAUUCUCAUAUUUGCAGGGGCUGAUACAAGUGAAAUGGGUGGAGACUCCAAUCAACCGCAGUCUGCCAGCGCGUCGUCUGAGCAACGAAUUCAGAGCUCAAAUUUCAGUCCCGAUCAAUUGAUUGACGAUUUGCUUGUCGGUCCAUGCAAACUGCUUUCUGCUCGGAAAUCAACGGACCUGUCUUCAGGUUCAUCGGCGGAUCUAAGAUGGAUUGAGUCAGACGGGUCACCAUGCACACGUCCCUGGACAACGGGGGCAAAAAACGUACACCAUGUCGCCCUCAUCCUGAUGAGCAGCUUCCUGUGUGGAUGCCUCCACUUGCGAGUGGAGCCCCAAACAUGGGGACACCAAGUGCCUCUACUUGCCCAGGUUCCACCUGUUGCCCGUUUUGCGAAGAGUAGGCCAGGCCCCAAUCCUGCGCAACGCCCCAGGCAGCUGGACGUUGCCGCACUACCCGUCCUUCGUGGAACAGUUCUUUCAGAACAACACCUUUGACCACAGGGCCGUCAGGCAGUGGUCAUCACAGAAUGUCCUGCAGGAAAAGGACACGAUGGACACAGCUGGGCGGUUGCUUGAGGCCAUCUGGCAAAAUGCUUCAUCGCCAGACCUCACCGAGCCUGGCUGGCGGAGAGACGGGUGUGGUGAACUACAUAUACCUGUCUGGACAUGCCCCACCCUGCUGACUGCUCCUGUGGCUCCUCCCACAGACCCCUGUAUAAAGGCGAUCAAUGCCUGAGCCCGGCCUCUCAGUCUGCAGGAUGUAGUAUGGUGGUCACCCGUUGUUAGUUCCAGCCGAUAUCUCGCCUUCCGUCUCAGAGUGAGUUAUUGAUGGUGCAUCAAGGGGUCCUCCCAGUCAGGUCCAUCCUGCACGCCGGUAACGUCAUCUCCAGAUCCCGCCGCCCGCGGGAACACUGCAGUGGGGUGGAACCGGUAACUCAAACUCUUCUCACACCGUGGGUUUGCGGAGAAGGUGUGAAAGAAGCUGAAACGGCUCGUGUCACGGUUCGUAUCCAGCAGCUGCCUGACAAAGGACUCCGUGUACUCCGGGCUCUUCCCUGCGACGCACUCGGUGACAGACAUCAGUUGCUGCUGGCAGAUCCUCAACUUGGUGAAAGACGCUCUUAUUCGGCCCGAAACUUUCUGCUCUACCAGCGCAUCGAAACGGCAGCGGAAAGUUUCUCGGCUGCAGGUUUACUUUUUGAAGUUCACACUGAAAUUUGGUGCAGCCGCCGCAAGACCCGAUGGGAAAGGCCAGAUUUUGGGAUUCUUCUCCCACUGGAGAGUGUAGGGUUGAUUGGGGGGGG